AUGGCGACUGUUUCCUCUAGAUGUCUUGCAAGGUCUAAAAAGGACCAUUUCGUUGCAGUAAGAAGCACAUUGAAACGUAUGGGUGUCUUAAGGAGAAGCAGGCAUACAGAAUGUAAGGUUGAGCUUGAAAUUGGAAACCAGUGAGUAUCCGAAUAUUUGAUUUCCGGAAGACUGUUCUUCACGUGGCAAAGUAAUAUUGAGCUUAAGCUUAUAUGUUGUGCCCAUAAACUCAAGCUUAUAUUGAAUUCUAGACCUACAUUUAUUAAAUUUUAUUAAGCUGUUUGACCUCUGUUGUCUAUACACCACAGAACAAUGACAUUAUCAACGGGAAAGAUCGCCAAGUUAGCUGAUGGAGCUGUUGUUGCGGAAGUAAGUUGGUUACGUUUGAUAAUAUUAUGCAUAUAGUAAGGGCAUACAAUUUCACACAAAUAGUUGAACGUGUAGAGCUGUACGGAAAUCUUACUGAAUGCAAUGGUCACGCAGUGGUUACCUUUUAAUUUUUAGAUGAUCCAUUUCUCAGUAUGCAUGGACAGCCUUAACGUAAACCCUCCCCCACGUGGGACCUCUGGGCUUGACUUGGGGGAUAGGCUGGGGGAAAGAGCUGAGAGAAAACGUGCUUGAAUUGCAGCCAUCUGCUUGCAUUACUGAGACUGUACUGUUCUGCAGCCUUAGCCAACAACUAGCUCAUGGUUAGCUGUUGCUUUAACCCUUAAGUCCCAAUAGUGACCACGAUCAAUUUUUUCUUAACAAUAUCCAGACACUGUCAAGAGAUUUGGUUAUGAGAAUUUAUGAAAUGAACACCUACUGCUUUGCUUUGAUCUUUUAUCAAAUUCUCUCAACUCAUUCUUUAAGGAAAUAUACAAAGAUCAGUUUGGAGAAUUUGUAUGUGGAUAUAAUAGGACUUAAAGGGUUAAGUGGUGUUUUGAGUGAUAGCCAAUUCUAUGUCCAAAGAUAACUCCAUAGGAUGGAGCAUUCAUUAAAACAAACACCUUAUAGGGUUGGUCCCUGCCAUUCUUCAGUUAGUGUCUUUUGCUAUGAGGUGGACACGUUUAUCUAUAAGACAAACCUUUAGCACUGUCCCCAACAGUGUCUGUCUAAGAGAAAGUUGAAUGUUGAGGCUGUCAUGCUGUUCAGGCCAAAGGGCUUACAGUCAUCUCACCACCAACAAAAUCGCCACCAAGAAGUUGACUUGCCACCAACCUUAUUCUUUGAUCUAUUGCGAUAACAAGACAUGCCAGAUGUCUAAAAAGCGGCAGCAAUAAUAUAAGUUCUCACACACUGACAGAGAUGUCAGCCUCUGGAGGUCUACAAUCUGGAGACUGUCUCUUCCAAAGGUAUUUAAAGAUGACAAUUUAGCGUGUUUUGAUUGACGUGUUUAGGACUCAAGGUUAUUAUUCAAGGCCUUUUUGGAAUAUUUUUGGAGAAAUUGAAUUAAAUGUUCAUUAUUUAUCAUGUAUGAAAGAAUGAUUUGUCUGUAUUUGUGAGUCAGGUGUGAGAUAUUGUCCACAAUGCAUGAGGUCGAUGUCUUUAGUAUGCAAGCUUGAGACUCAUGCAUAUUGUGUGGGUGUUGGCAGGUAUGGUCUGUUGGUGAGGUGAUUGGACCAGAUUCUGACCAAAGCAAGUUGCUUUGGCUGUCACUAUGCAGGUGAUGUGAGAAUACAGAAUAAAAGUUAGAAGUGUACAGACCUUACCAGUAUAAAAGAGUUUGCAGUGCAUAAAAGCUGUAAAACUUAAAGAUAGUCUCCAAAUUUUCAUCUGUUUUUUUUUUAGUGUGGAAAUAAUGCAACCCUUGUUACUGCAGUGAGUGAGGAGGAGUCUAAAGGUGCCAAGGGGAUGGGCCUACCUCUUACGGUAAGAAUAACCUGCAAAUGAUUGAUCAUCUAAGUACAUCACAUAUGUAUUUAAAAAAGUUGAUUAGAACCAUCUUGAGGCUUUUUUUGGGCACCCUUUUAAAAGUCAACCACCUGGGACUCUUACAAGUAUUUGUGUUUUAAAGUACACUGUGGUCUUUCUUUCAGGUUGAUUACAAAGAAAAAGCGGCAGCUGGGGGACAAUUUCCCAGGAAUUAUCCAAGAAGAGAUCUUGGAAUAACUGAGCGAGAAAUCCUUAUUAGCAGACGUAUUGGUAUGACUUUAAAUAAAUGUAUGUAUUUAACAGGAGUCUGUUUUGGGCAGAUGGAAAAUAACAGAAAAAUUUUUGCUAAGUUAUUUUGACGAACAAACAGAUUUAACUGACGCUGAUAUAUGUAAGUAGCCUAAUGUUACACACUCAGUGUGUUUUGAAUGAAAGUGUUCUUCUUGAUCAUAUGUGACUGUCUUUUUUCUAGACAGAUCCCUGAGGUCUUUGUUUCCUAAAGGGUAUUCAUGUACAACUCAGGUAUAGUUACAGACUGUGUUAUAAAACAUUAAAUUAACAGAUUAUGCUCCAUUUUGAUCUUUUGGUCAGACAAAAGGUGACAAGAAAAAAUUUGAAAAAAGGUGAAAUAUCACUGGUAUGUGCUUGUCAUGCAACAGUUUGGGAAUUAUGGUCAGGUUAAAAUAAAGCUGACUAAGACUUUUAUCACUGACCUGUUAACUACAUGUGUAUUUCCAACAGAAGUAAAACCAAAGUAAGUAAAUGAUUGAUAGGUUUUUGUGUUAAUUCUUCAGGUAAUUGGUAGUUUGUGGGCUGCUGAUGGGCUCAGUGAUCCAGAUAUAACUGCCAUGAAUGGAGGUCAGUAAUAACCUGUACUUAUCUUAAAUGUUUGAUAUAAAAAAUUGAGUCUAAGUGUAAGCUGGCUGGUGAACAAGUCUGUAAGUCAGUCAGUUUUCCUCUAAUUCAGUGAAGGAUUCAAGGGCCAGCUGUUUGGUAUUUAGAAAACUGUUCUGUGCUACUGUUGUUAACAUCAGUUAAUACCAUAUUUUUGAUUGCUAGGUACAGGGUUUGCAUGCACCUUGAAAGUCCUUGAAAAUUGCAGUUGGUGCUGGAAAAUCCUUGAAUUUUGGUCCUAACUUUAACUAAAUCAAAUUGUGUAAGGAGAGCUGCAAAGGAUUAAGGAGCAAACACAGAAAUUGCUCAUGUUGUGGAAGAACUAAAUAAGACAUCUUAGAUGCUCUUUCUUGCUUUGAAUGGAGUCCUUGAAAAAUGGGAAAUGUGUCCUUGAAAGUCCUUGAAAAGUCCUUGAAUUUUUUGUUCAAAAAAGCUAGGGCACAAAAAACCCUGUAGGUACAUAAUUAUAAUGAACCAGUCAGAAAUGUUCCAUGUAUCUAAGGUACAGGGCGCAAAGAAAGUCAGUUUUACAGCUUGCCUUUUGGGCAAGCAAUAGUUAGCACGUACUGGCCUAGAAUUUUUUUUGAUGAGCGGAAUUGAUUACAGCUCUUUUGUAAUUUGAACUCCCCAAAAACUUCACAUGCCUGUUGGGCAAGUUGAAAACAGAAUUCACUAGCCCAAUAGCAAAAUCCACUAGUCCCAGGCUAUCGAACACUUCUUUCUUUGCAUGCUGAGGUAGAAGAAUAACUGAAUGUUCAACUCACUGUUUGUUUAAUAUUUAAUAUUAAAAAUUAACAAUAUUAUAUUUUAUUAGCUUCUGCAGCACUCACAGUAUCAGAUAUUCCUUGGCAUGGUCCCGUUGGUAAGUAAUUCAAAUGAUGUGCCAUUGCAUGUGUAAAGUAAUAAAGCAUGAGCAUGAACAGUGGUCUGUUGUAAGCUGGUACAGAUCAAAUAGCGGCCAAAUGUAUUUGAAAAUGAAGUGUCUUUUUGCAUUCUACUUAAUUUAGUAAUGACAUUUUUUUGGCUUAGGUGUAUUAAGAGUAGGAGAAGUUGAUGGAGAGUUUGUUGUCAAUCCAACAUGGUCACAGCUGAUGAUCAGCAGACUAAACCUUGUGGUUGCUUGCAGUGAAAAGAAAGUUGGUAAGACAUUACCUAGAAAGGGCCAUUUAUAUACAAGGAAAAAUAAGAUGCACCUUACCAAGGAUGUGAAGAUGCAAGUUUCUCAUAUAUAGCGCAAAAGAUGUAUCCAUCUAAAUAACACGUGACUUUGCUAAACUAAUAAGAAGGCACCUUAUGGCCUUGCAUGUACUUGUGUGAAUGGUUCAGUUUGUGUCUUAUUUCGACACAUCAGUCUUUUUCUUCUUACAUAAGUGCUCCUUUCAUUGUAACAACAAGAACAACAUCAAACUCACUGGAAACAUUUUUGUAAAACAAUAAUUAAUUCCCUGUGAAGAAUAAAAGGUCCAAAUUACAUUGACAUUGACUCAGUAGAUCUGUUAAUUUGUCAUUUAAUUGUAAUGCGUUGCCUAACUUUGUUUCAGUUAUGGUGGAAGCAUUUGCCAAUGAAGUUACUUCUGAGAGAUUUUGUGAAGCACUUAGAUUUGCAUUUAUAGAGGUACAAGUAUUUGCAAAAUAGAAUAUUAUUAUGAUAAAAUAUUUAAUUUAAUGUUAUUUUAGAAAGUUAUGUUGAUCAGUUGGACAGCUAGUCUCUGAUAGUCUUUCUUGCUCUUCUGUAAUGAAUGGUGUUUUUUAAGUCAUCCCCUCGUUUAAAACAGUAUUUUAUUAUAGCUUUGUUUAUUGUUUGUCUCACUAUGCUCACUUUGACUUCCAACUUUUGUUCUUCAUCAAGUAGUUUUCAAAUAGAUGUAGAUGUAAUGUAAGAAUUCCUUCCAUUUGUCCCAUUGUAGGAUAAAUGUAAGGAAAUUUUCAUUGCGUUUCGAGGCCCCAAAUUAUUUAAGUCCCUUAGCCCAGAAAAUCACAAUGCCUCUAGUAUUGGUGAAUUCCUCUCUAAACCAAAGUCACUGAUUUUCUCUUGGUGUAAACUUUGUGUUUUUUACUUCAUUUGGUGCUUUUUAUUUUCCUCUCCUCUUCUUCUUUUUUUUUCUCUUUUUCACAUUUUUUAUUCCUUGCCUAUUAAUGAUAUACUUUCUACGUUAUAAAUCAAUUGCAUAAGUUAUCUUAUAUAGCAUAGCACUUUUUCAAACUUGUCACAGUGUCAGCCAAUAAUCCAAGCUCAGCUUGAGCUUCAGAAACAAGCUGGAAUCGUCAAGAGACUAUUUACAGUGGUUGCCACUCCUUCAGAGGUGCUGGAGACAAUACAAAGGUUAGCAAGACCUAUAAUAUCAUACAGAAUUACACUGAAUUGCAUUUGACCCUUGAGAUUCCCGCUCACAGCAGGUCUCUUAGGUUGAAACAGUAAUGUUAAUAAAUCAAGGUGAAAAAACAGAAGUGUUAUUUAGGCCUAUCCCGGAGGUAAGGACAUGAUUUUAGGCAAGGGUAUGGCCUGUAUUUGUGUGGGAAUUUGUGAUGUAGUUAUACCUUAUAUUUUUUAGCCUGUGAAUACAGCAGUCUCUCCUCUUUCCUCUCCUCCCACAAUACGUCCUCAGUGGUGCUGAGCGAGGUGAUACAGCUGUAUUCGCAUGCAGGCUAAAGAUUUAUGCAUAAUUUCCAGUUUUUAAUAUUAUAAUUUCUGUUUUCUUCCAGUAUUUUAGUUGACCGCUUGGAUGAAAUCUUUUCAAACUUUACUUACUCAAAGGUUAGUUUCUGUGGUAAUGAAGCAAUUUGGAAGCCUCUCAUCAAAUUUAAAUAAAUCACCAACGGUAACAAAACUACACACUUUGUUUGGAACCUCUGUGGACUUCAUCAAAGUGACCUAAGUUCAGUUCACUUUUGUGUGGAUAGCCCUUUAAGCGACAAAAUGAAAGAUGUACACAAAUCGUCAAAAAAGACCAGCUUUUGCCAAAAACUUAACAUGGUGUUGUUGGGUGGGAGGAGCAGGAUGCAACAGCAAACUAACAAAAGAUCUCAUGAUUUUCAAAUGCAUCUGCGGAAAAAUUAUAACAAUUUGUUUAUAGUAUUUACUUUUUGAUCCCCAGCAAGAACGUGAUAGAGAAAUGUUUGCAGUUAGGGAUUCAUGUGUGGAAACUGUUCAAGGUAAUACUUUUGUCUUAACUUAUUAAAUUACAUAAUUAUUGCAUAAAAUUAUCAUGAACGUAUCAAAAAGGGGUGUCGAAAUCUGUACCCGUUUUUCAUUUAACUCACCAAUUUCAUUAGAAAUGAAGCCACGCUUAUAGCACAAACUGCAAGGUCUUAAUGAUGAAAUCUGUGACUCUCGCCCUGUAGUAGGAUUGGUAGGCUAAUCGUAAACACGUGCGAUCAAGUUUUGUACUUUAUGCCUCAGCCAUAAGCUAAAAUAUUCUGUAUAGCACUAUAAAAUAUGCUGGGAAAAAAUUCAUUAGAAUUUUCCUUGUUGUAUAACCGUGUCAAAGUCCGCAGUCCGCACAAGUCUCUCAAAAAUCUUCGGCACAAUCCAGGAGGGAGAGGGGUAGGUGGGUGGGAAGCUAGUUAAUAACGUUUUAUACGGGAAUGCUACGCCCUGAGGUCCAACCCCUUUUUAUUUAGAUAUGAUUUUUAACAGAAAAUAUACUCCUUUUGUAUACCUUCCACUGAAAAGUGGUAUCCCUGUUACAUACCUACUCAAGAAUACUUCAGUCAAAGUAAGAAAGGUUGGAUUUUCAUCUUAGAUCUGACCAAUUCCGGAAGCACCUGAUUUCUUCCAAAGUCCUGAAGCUCACAUAGAGACUUCACUAUGUUGACCUUCAUCAUUUUCAUUACCUUGGUUCAAGUUAACGUGUUUUUUAAAAGUGUUCAGUAAAGCUAAUAGCUCAAUAAGGCAUGAGAAAUUCUUAGCACGCAUGAACUCAGGUAGACUGUCUCAAAGUCCUUCGCUUCUCAUUUCCGGUUGCGGCAGUUGGCGCCAGCGCGAAGACUUGUCGCUCUCUCGCUCUAUUUUUCCGCAGAAAACGUAAAAAAUCUACCGCUCGCGCUUCGCGCUCGUGAAAAAAUUUUGAUUUUGACUUGCAGGCAAGUCUAGAACUCAGGUAAAGGGUAGAAUAUUUACAACCAAAUGUUAUGAAAAAUGGACGUUACCACGUUUUGUUUCAAGAUAAAUCUCUUGAAAGCUUUGGCAACUAAAAAUACUCCCCCCCCCUCCCCCUCACCCCCACAGAAAUCCGGGUGGAUCAUUUCUGACCCCAGCUGAACAAAAUUGACCAGGUUGGGGUGAGGGGAGGGAUCACGGCGGUACCAGUGGCAUUCUAAGGAUAAGAAAGUGCAAAAUUCUUAACACUUUUUGCCCAACAUUGUAGAAGUACUGUGCAGGCGAGAGACUCAUUUAUUUUUUUACAAUAAUGUUUUUCUUCAGAACAGUUUCCAGACGUUCCAGCAAAUCUUAUAGCGGAGAAAGUGUUUGCCGUAACUAAAGCAGUUUUUCGAAGGAACAUUCUAGAGAAAGCUCAAAGGUAACAGAGGCAAAUUUGGCGUUGUUCUUUUCAUAUGUUUACACCAGCCUUAAAAUGAGUUUCAAAGUCUAACAUUCAUCAGUUUUUAGUCCUUUUCCCCGUGUGCAAAUUGUUCUUUUUGCAAAUGAAUACCCUACUGCUGCUACAUGUAUAUCUCGAGUCCGGUUUUUAAAAAAGUUCUUGAUGGUUUGACCCUGGAUAUUUUUAUUUACUUUAAUUUUGUCAGAUGUGAUGGGCGCCAUUUCGAUGCUCUUCGCCCCAUUGUGUGUGAGGUGGAUAUAUUCAAAACUCUUCAUGGUUCCUCCUUAUUUCAAAGAGGAGAAACUCAGGUUAGUAUUUUACCUACACGUUAAAGAUAAACUGAAUUUAACAUCGUUGAUUACCGCAGACUGCUAACAGUCCCUCUGGAUUGUCGCAUUGGGGAGCAUCCAAGUGCGAGCGAGCGAAAAUCAGUUUGUGGUGGAACGGUUUACGGCCCGGGGGUUUACGGUCAUCUGGCAACCAAGGAAAUCGCCACCAAUAAGACGGCUAGUCAAAUGAUGUUUUCAAGUUCAUAGAUAACAAAUGGACAUAAACGAAAGCCACCACAAACAUGCACUGCCUGCGUUUCGUGACAUUUUUCUUCACAGUAAAGCGUUAAUUCUGUUUACUCAGGUUUUCUGCACAGCAACUCUUGGAUCUCUUCGUUCUGCAAAACAGUCUGAUGCUACAGCGGAGGGUGUGGGGUAAGAACUUAUUUCAAUUUUUCGCUUCUCAGGACAAAUCUUAAUCGUUAGUUAGCUCCUUAAUCAGUGGACACAUCGUACCAACUCAAAGGAUUUUGACUGUAGAGUGUCGUAACAGAGUUUUCACGUAGAGCUAUACUGAGAACUAAAUGCCCACACAGGUUAUAUUACGCCUAAAACGCACUCACUCUUUAUCCUACUUUACAGCGUUGCCAUACGGUCAAAGUGCUCUAUUAAACCGUCACCGUUCAGCUCUAUUACGGACAGACACUUUUGGCCCCAUGCAAGGAUACCAAAAGCUAUGUCUUUACGAGAUUUGGGUAUAAUUAUUUGAAACAGAAUCGUAAAUUUUAGGGAACAGAUGGAUGAAGUUUACUUUUAAAUAACAGUCGAACCACCGCUAACGGUUACCUCUCUACUACGGCCAUUUUUUGGCAGACAGUCCAUACAUUCACUAUUGUUUCAACCUCUCAACAAUGGUCACUUUCUUCUGUCCCCAAGGUGGCCGUUGUAGAGGGGUUCAACUGUAAUCACAAUCGAUUAACUCUUUUACAUGUCACAGUGUUGUCACAAAAUUAUGUUUGGUUACUGUUGGUUGCAAGUUGUACAACCUCGUCCCCGGAGCUUUUCCCUAAGCCAAAAAUGGGAGAGGCCAUUUUAUAUGGGGAAAAGCCUCUUCUAAGCGUUCAGAUUCUAGGGGAGGUACAAAAGUGAACAGGAAAACGCAAGGAGGAGGUGGUGGUAGGGAGAAAGAGCUUCCGCUGUUUUUCCUCCCCUCUUCAUUUCGCGCCACUCUCCAUCAUCUAAACGCCUGGAACAAGCUACAGUAGCCUUCAGUUCCUUUUCCUUCACCCUCUCUCCUUACCCCACCCCUGGCUGUGUUUUCCCUGCUUCUCCUUACCCCACUCCUAGCUGUUUUUCCCCCGCUUUCCUGCGCCGCCCCGACUAUCUGAACGCCUGGAACAGGCUAGGAAAAGGCCUGAGGACGAGGCUGCAUCAAGUUGUGAGAACAUGGGAACAUAAUUAUAACCUAGAGCAGGCUUUCCCGGGGCGCUCUUCCCCUCUUCCCUCCCCUACCCCCGUACCCCUGGGAACCCCAGGAGAGCUUGCUCGCAGGCAAGGGAAUAUAACGAUUACAGCUCUUGUAGAUAAGACAAUUAUCUUGUAAUGAUAAUACAAUGUUCUUAACCUUGAUUUGUUGUUCAUACAAUUCAACAGAGAUGUGAGAGAGAAACCAUUUAUACUCCACUACGAGGUAUGCCGCCUUUCGUUUGUUUCCAAUAUUUUCAAGUUUUAUCGAAUUCAGUUCUGUCGUUAAUUGUUUGUUUUACUUUCUUGUGUAGUUUCCACCAUUUUGUGUCAAUGAAACAGGACGGGUGGGUGGGUUUAAUCGACGCGAAGUUGGUCACGGUAAGGCUACUUUCAGUUUGUGCAUUUGCGAGUUUUAUUCCCACCUUGUGGCAGCUGAAGCAUAAAACCUUUUAAAACCGUUUUAUUCUAUCUAGGUAACUUGGCAGAAAAGGCCUUAGAACCAGUUGUUCCUAAAGAUUUCCCGUUUGCCAUCAGAUUGACUUCACAGGUAUUGGAAUCAAAUGGUAAGUGGUUAAUUUGCGCUUAAGUAAUAAGCCCUUUAUUAUCUACGACCUUUUCGCCCUGAAAUGUUAUUGGCCAGGGCCCAGUUGUUCGAAGGCCGAUUAGCGCUAACCCAGGGUUAAAUUUAACCCGGCUUUCUUUUUUUUUGUACAAAAGCAUUUUGUCGGAUGAUUUUCUCUGUUAUUCUUGAAAGCAUCUAAUCAUUAACCUGUUGACGGAAAAAAUCAGACUGAAGUUACUUUUUAUGCUUUCAAAUCUGAAUUCAAAUUUCGCACUAACCCUGGGUUAUCUUAACCCAGCUUUGAACAACCCAGCCCAGGUUUUCAUAUGCCGCCGAUCUCCUUAGCCGUUGCUAUAUGUUGCGUGGAAUUCUAUUCUGUUCAUGGCGACAAAACCAUUCCUUGUACAGUACAGGUAGGGCGACAAGUUACUGCAACACUUUGCGCGCCCCGUUGCAGGGACAAAUUACGUCUUGUGUAUAGGAGAAUUUUUGUGAAAAUCUUUCGUCUCCGCAACAGAAUUUUCUCGCCGCAACAAGUAGCACAAAUUCCACCUGAUUUUGUGUAUCCCAAUCCCCAGUCCCGAUGGCUAUGUCGCAGGGAGGUGUAAGUGUGUGUUCGUUUACCAGUGCGAGCACGAUUAAUGAAUGGAAUGAACUCUUAGAGUUUAAAUAGCUUCUCUCAAUGCUCACUUAUGGUGUAAUGUCAUUGUAACAGCUGCAAACCAGACUGCCUUAUAUUCAGCUUUUCUUUGGCUUCGCCCCAUUUAUUCUGACACGUUAUGUUUGAAUUGCGCAAGUGUUUUGGGUAAGGAAAUGUUCUUUUGUGUUUGUAGGUUCGUCAUCCAUAGCGACGGCAUGUGCGGGAAGCUUGGCUUUAAUGGACGCAGGUAUUCUCUCCUUCCAACGUUUUACAAGCAAGAUUUGUAUUGAUUUUUCUUUUACCAUUUGACCAAGGAAGUACCCAAGUGAUUUUUAAUGUCCUUUUAUUAUGCGGCUGGCUCUGCAAGCGGGCAAAAUGAAAACCAACUGCGUGUCGAUGGCUGCCUGAGCGUGCAUGAUGGCCUGUCUUGUCCACUCGGGAUUACUUGCUUUCUCCUGCAAGCAUACUUUUUGUUUUGGCCUUAUAAUGUACCCUUUAUUGACCAAGCUUGUUCGGUCGAGAUGUGUGUAUGCUGGUCUGAAAUAAGAGGUCCAUAAAAGUGCAAAAACAAAAAAAAAGAAAAGAAAACAAGAUCUUGGAAAAUAUCCAAACCGAUUCGGGUUUACAAAUUAUAUGUAGCACCAAAUAAAGCGCAAUGUUUUUUCAAUCAGAUGCACAGUUAACGUUUUACCUCGUCACAGGAAUACCAAUCAGUCGGCAUGUAGCAGGAGUUGCCUGUGGAUUAGUUAGUAGCAGCGAUGCUGAGGAUCCUAAAAAGCCAGAUAUUGAACAGUAUCGCCUGAUGACUGAUAUUUUGGUAAGACGUAUGAAAAAUAUUGUCGCCUGAGCAGUGCUCAGUUCAAGAUAGCUCUUUUAGAUAUAUAUUUUUUGUCUGUAGCGUUUUGAUAUGCGUGAUCGGUACCCGGUCACCUCGCCACCAAACCAUCUCGCUACCAACUAAAUCGCCACCAAGGAAUAUAGAUCUUAAUUCUUACCCGAAGGACAAGUAUCAAAGAAGACAAUUUCUUCACUUUAAAUUAACAAUAUGAAAUUUAAGGAGGUAAGGGUCAAGUGCCAAUAUUACUCUACUUUCAUAGGAAAGGCAGUUGGAUUUUAAACAAAUCGCACCUCUCGAGCGAUGCAAAUAAUCCGUUUUAAAGUAUUAAAAAGUCGCAAUUAUUCACAAAAAAUAAAACUCAACAUUGAGAAGUUCGACGUAAGGUGUCAAUUACAAUCGAUAAACUUGUAUUUGGGCCUAAGGAAGAAGUAACGAUCUCAGGUAAGUGAACAGUGUCAAUUAUUGCAGAGUUAAAUAUGGUGGCGAGUAGACGGCGAGAUGGUUUGGUGGCGAGAUGACCGAAAACCGCGCGAUUCUAGGUAUGUGCGCGCAUGGCAUUUCUCUUCCGAUGAACCUUCAUUAGUCUUUCAACUUUUGCGUCUUUAGUUCAACACCUUUUCAUCCCAGUCGGGAGCUUAAGCAACUAUUACGACGACGACGACGACGACGACAACGACAGCGUAAAAAAAACGAUUGUUUUUAUGAGCAAAACAACAGCUCUACACGUGCAUCACCUGUUUUAAUACAUUUCUUUGAUGUGCACUGCACGACUUCGUUGUGAAACCUCUGCGUGCGACGUGUUUUGGAGGACGUGAACAUACGGCGACAAAUUUCCCUUUCUUCUAGUUUUGAAGCUGGAUAAGGUCUGUAAGAAUUCAACCCCAGAAGAAAUCGCCUGCAUUUGACAAAUUUAGCGGGUUCAAAUGGAUGCGAUAAAGUUUGGAAGGAUGCAAAUUCAUUUUUUAGCGACGUUUUCACUGCCGUCCUCGUCGUCGUUGCCAAGAAAAGCGGUUAUUUAGCAGUAACUGAAAGAAACAGAAUACUUUUUGUUUUCUGUUUCUGUUUUUUGCAUUUUGCCUGUCACUCACUAAUGGUUCAUCUAUAACUAGUAUUUGUUCAAUCCGCCGACAGGGUAUUGAAGACUUUAUGGGAGACAUGGACUUUAAGCUUGCUGGAAGUAGACAAGGAAUAACUGCGCUUCAGGUAGGGAUGUAAGAUCCUAACGUGUACUGGCAUUUGAAACUAAAGCUUUUCGUAGAGAAAAAAGAAUAGGCUCUCUUACCGGCCACUGUCGGGAAAUGAGGCCACGUCCUUCAUGGAGAGCCGGAACAAAACCGGACCCGAGAGUGUGGCGGAAAUCGAGCCUAGAUUAAGAAUUGAAAACAACAAACCAAAAGAAAAUAACACAAUAAAAAGAAACAACAACAACAACAUUCAUUAUUAGUACCAUAUUCUGAUUAGAGGCAAGGUAGGGUUAGCUCAGUUGGUCGUGUUUGCGCCUGGCUGAAGAGAUGGAGUUUGCGGGCGGGGCGCUCUUAUGGUCUUAAAAUUUCUGGAGCAGAAGGUGCUGCUUUUGCCCUCCAAACGGCUAGAUGAACUAGACCUUCAGCUAGUUUGGAUCAUAACGUAGAAAUGCAGUGGUCCUGUCUCUAGCAAAGGCGUAGCAAGUACUCUUGCCUUGCGGACACUCCGCUAUAACAGACACCCAGAUAAAACAGACAGCAGCUACAUCCCCGGCAAAAACAAAAUACAGACAUUUGACUGAAAUAAACUCCCGCUAUUACGGACUCUCGGUAAUAAGGACACUAACUCGAGGUCCCUACAAUCCCCGCAAUGAAAGGAGUUGACUAUACGUUGGAAUCCCGUAUUAAAACCACUUCCUAACUCUAUCGUCGUAUUAUAACGACCACAUUCUUUGGCCUGGCGAACCAGUCACUUUUGUAACUGAAAACCUCGUUAAUUCCACCUCCUAGCAAACUUGUUCUCAGGCUGUCUCGUUUUGCCGUCCUCUAGAAGGAGAGAGACUGCAAAAUCUGUUCCGGCGAGGGUUGGAGCUGGUCCUUAUCUCACUUUUUUACUUCAAGGGAACAAAAGACAGCAUGGGAACGACAAUUACCACCUAGUUGAUGCGACCUUAGGUACAACUAGACUUUCAAGGGCUUUGGGUGGUAAUAACAGAGUUUUUACCAUUUAACAAGCAUAAGCUUUCUUCCGCGCCCUCUCUUUUGUUGACAAGCUAUAAAUAGUGAAUAUCGUACCAGAUCUUCCAGAUGUUGUGCCUAAUAUUACAUCAAACAUUUCAAUAUGACAGGCCGAUUUCAAGGUGCCAGGACUCCCUUUGCAUAUCGUAGAAGAAGCAGUGAUCAAAGCAACAGGUACAAAUAUUUUGUCCGACUGAGCAAAAUUAAAUUAAACUUAUCAUACCGGUUAACUUUGAAUGGAGACGUAGAGACUGCUAUUUGGUGUUAUUUUACACUUUCAUCGCUUGGGGUAUUUUGAUGGUGAUCCCUCAAUUUUUUGCGUACUUUUUUUUUUACCAAUUACAAAGUUAUUAGUACUUAUUGUUUGGUUGGUUUUGUCGCAGAGGACAGGAUGAAAGUUUUGGAUAUUCUUGAAAGUUGUCAGAGUGAACCAAGAGAAACGCUUAAGGAAAAUACACCGGCUUUAGGUAAGCUCUAACGGACGUUUCCAGUAUAAUAAAACAGAAAUCGUACAUUUCUAUUGCGCCCAAAUAUUGCGGCAUCAACUAUGGCCAGAGGCAAGGGUCAUAUGCUAGGAUUUGUUGAAGUGUUGUUAAGACUCAGAGUUAUCAUCUAUACUAUCCUGUAGGUUUUAGUGGGUAGCGGGGGGGGGGGGUCAUCUGUAUUCCUCUGCUUUUCUUUGAAAUCGAAAGACUUGAUUUUAAGUCUUCCAACCAAUGCAUUUCAUUCACUUCUUAGCAAAUGUAACUGUGUCUUUAACACAAAGCAAAAAGCUUCUUGGAGUUGGAGGUUUGACGAUUAAGAAUCUACAGGACGAGACAGGUAGGGUCAUCGUAACUCUCUGUAAUUUAUGUGGCCUUAAGUUGCAACGUUUCAGAAAACUUCCCGGCUGAUGACUUCACAUCCACUACCUGUCAAACUCCUUUUCUUUUUUACUUAAUUAAUUGUAUCGAGAUUUCAAUCAUUUAUGCUUUUUAAGGAAGUUUAAGGAAGGUUUGAGCACAAGAGCUGGGUUUAAAAAAGAAGUGACCUUAGUUGCUCUUGAUUAGGGAAGCGUGGGGGAAGCUUAGAACUAACGCUAAGCGCGGGAAACAACAACAAAAACCAUUGCCAGCCGCGGGAAAAUUGUAACAAUGUGCUAAGCUCGGCGAAAAUGUAGUACGGCCUUCAAAACGUAGGGCCGAAACAAAGCGCUGGAAUCGAGAAAAGCGUUACAAAACGCGGUCAAACCAUGCCUACGUCUUUCCAUAAUUCAUUUGUUUGCCCACAGUUUGCGUCAAAAUUGUUUCUAAUUUUUUUCUUGACACUCACAAUCACCGUCACCGAUAAUCUAAAACAAUGCCAUGGCAAAGUUUGUCGGUUAACAAAGAGAAAGUGGGAGGAUUUGGAACUGGCGAAUGCGUGAAAAGUAUUACACACAUGUAAAUAGCAAAUAUUAAAACGAUGAACUUGUUGAAAAAGUUGUGGCGUUCAGGAUUAUUCUCCUCAUUUGAUAGACGGACAUUUCGUUAAGCGCUAAUUCGGCGCAACAAAGCACUUACCUCCUGUUGUGCUGUGUUCUUCAGGUUCAACAAUCAGUCGAAUUGACGAAGAGGAGUUUUCAGUGUUUGCACCUAACUCGAAAGUUCUUCAGGAGACGAUAGAAAAAAUCAAUGAGUUAACAACGCAAGAGGUAUUAGUGGCGAGGUUAAAUUCAUCUUUGAAUUAUGAUUUAUAAACAAACAAAGGGAACGGAAGACACUGGAGAGCGAAUUCUAUAUCUUAGGCAAGUGGAGCUGUUAUGGUGAAGGUAUUUAUUCAGGCCUUCGGACGUAAAUACAGUAUCACGUUGUUAUGCAGAAACGAUUUAUAUAAUACAGUGGAACGUUGAUAUUACGAACCUUUAUAUAAUGAAGUCUGUGGUCUAACGAACGAUAUUCAUCGCUCUAGUAAAUGUAUAAUUAUAUCGAAAAGAACUCUAAUAUAAUGAAUCCUCUUUAUGACGAACAUAUUUUACCAGUCCCUUGGCCCUUCGUUAUAUCGAGGUUCCAGUGUGCCGGCUCUAAGCUUGGUUUCUUUGGUUUCAUAGGACUGGACAGAAUGUCUUGAGGUUGGAGAAAAAUAUACCGCGAACAUUGUUGAUGUGAGGUAAGUAACUCUCGUGUGACAGCUAGCGGCUUAUUAGUUAUCUCUCCAACCCCGCGGUCGGUUGCUAAGAACGCACAUCCAAUUCCUUUUUUAGCGGACACUAUUGUAGGAACCUUGAGUCAGUGUCCUCAUUAGCGAGAGUCCGUAAUAGCGGGAGUUGUUUUUCAGUCAAACAUCUAUAAUUUAUUUUUGCCCGGGAUUUAGCUGCUGUCCGUAUUAUCGGGGUGUUCGCAAGGCGAGAGUUAACUGUACUUAAGAUUAGAAGGCUCUUAAGUAAAAAUGGAGUUAAAAUGGAACAAUAAUCCAUUAUUGUGAAGCAGUACUUAUGAGUUAUCGGAAAUUGUAGAAUCACCAAGUUUCAUCUUGAACAGCCACCCCUCACAACAUUACAUAUAUUCAGUUCAGGACAAAAAUGAUAUAGUAGAAGACACACUGUAAAUCGUUGCCACCCGUUUCCUUUGUCGUUCAGUCGAGCUUCAAAUUGGUACAGAGAAUGUCACUGCUUUCCACUUUUUUCAAGUCCUCAAAUUAUUGUUCAACAGGUUUUGGGGGGUUUUCAUUUACAACCUUAGUGAUUCUUAGCGAAUCCAGUUAUUUAUGCUUUUUCUAAUAGUCUAUCAGAUCUCAUGAGCUUGUAAUUUAGUUGGCCACCGGGUCACUGUAGUCGCUGAGGGUCGGGGUAUUUUUCUCUUCAAUAUAUGUUUCAUUUCAGCUUUUCUUGAAUGAUUGCAAAUCUCUCAUAUGAGACCUCGCGAGAGUUGCUACCGCGCGUGUUUUCCAUGUGUGUUGUUGCUUCUUUUCUGCAUAUUUGAUUAUCUGUAAUUGUGCGUUGCGUGGUGCGUGGUGCGUAGUAAAAGUGGCUUCGUAACCGUACCGAAACAUUAUUAGUCUGGCAAGUCAUCAAAACAAGUGUGUUAAUUUUCGGAUUGAUUUUUACCAGGGAUUAUGGUGUUAUGGUGGAACUGUUGCCGGACACGCCUAGUGUACUUCUACACGUGACAGAAAUGUCUCACAACAGGGUAAGAAACGACAUGAGCAAAAUCGCGCCCUCUUGACAUUUCUCUCAAGCAACUUUUACUUAAAUGAGCGCCCGUUUUUAAUGAGCACCAUUCCCUGAAUAUGAGCGCCUCUCUCCCCUCUCACUUUCUAUUGAAAGUCGCAGCUCCCAUAAGCGACCACCCAAAAUGCGAGAAGUUUCAGUGAUCGUUAAAAGCUCUUCGUAUACUCAAGUAACACAGUACAUAAAGCGAACGUAGAGAUCAGACCAUGCGUGAAGUGGUCCCGUUAGCCCCAAGAAGUGGUCGCGGUCGCUUACAGGAGGUGGUCGUUUACAAGAGGUUCCAGUAUUAAGGCUUUGAUUGAGAAAAAUUUGGUGUUUUGGACCGGCCCUUGGUCGCUUACGAGUGGUGGUCGCAUAUCUAAUUAAGAGUGCCUUCUUUUAAAAUAAGCGCUUCGCUUUUUAUCGAAAUUAUCACGGAAUAAGCGCCUGAGCACUUACUCGAGGAAACGUGGUAUUAGGGUUGGUCUGAUUGACUUUGGCUUCAUUUGAAAACUCUGUUAUCUUCGUUCGAAUAACUGUCUAUCUUGACUUCCGAAAUUAUUCAUGUUAUUUCCUCUUUUUGUCCUAUUUUUAGGUUUAUAACCCAAGGGAUAUAGGAAUGAAAGUAGGAGAUGCUGUAGACGUCAAAUAUCUUGGAAAGGACGAGCGAACGGGGAGACUUGAAAUCUCAAGGAAAGCCCUUUUACCAAAACCGCUUACUCCAACAAGGAAGAUAAAUGGGACUCAACAAACCAAGUCCAAGAAAGCUAAUGGAAAUCAGAAAGACAAGUCUGCGGAGGAUUUCAUAACUACAUAUCUUAAAUAGCUGGGGAAAGGCUGGGAAGGUUCCAACCCUGUUUCAUUCCAGUGUCUCUCGUCUUUCCGGGAAGAGGAGACCGUGGGAACGAGGUAUACGCGCCCCAAAGAAAACCUCUGAGGCGAAUUAUUCAUGUGCUAGUCAAGUCCCGAGUGAGGCUAGGUAAAGAAAACGGGCCCCUCAUAUGAUAUUAUACUGGUGGCACAAUGGAAAAGAGAUUUAGAUCAGAUGGAAAUUACCCUUACCAGGAUCCAAGACAGUAGUGUGCAGUGAUCGUGAAAACAAAUGGGAGAAACACGCGGUAGCCUGGGAGAGAGAAGGCCGCCCCCACUUCCCCCGUUUUUGAAUCGCUGGCACGAAUACUGCUCUCCGGAUUCGAGUUGGAUACAGAUUACCCCUGUCCGGGCACUGUUCUAGUUCUAAGUUGUGCAAAAUGUGCAUGUCGUACCGUAAGUUCAGAACUGUUUCAUCGCUCGCUGGACUGCAGCGCUAGACGCUCUGUUAACGGAAUAGGUCUUUGCUGAAAUCACAAGGAAAAAAGCAUCUAAGCCUGGAAAAUCUCAUCUUUUAAGAUUGACUAACGUAACUUAUUUUACAUGGAGC